UUCUAGUAGUUAUUAUCUAGCCUCUGGCGAUGAAGGGGUUACAGUCUGGACCAGCUGAUCACUGGUGUCUCCUUUAUCAUUUCACAGGGAGCCCUGGCAGCGACAGCCUUUUUAACUGUCAGCCUCAGCUGUGUUAGCGGGGGUCUCCUUUGCGCUUUCGCCGGCACUCAAGGAGUUACUUGUCGCUCGCAGCUCCUCCCUCGUGUACUCUGGUGGGAGGCGAUCGUAGUAAGUGACAGAUGCAGUACGGCGCUGAAGGGGUUACUCCCUGCCCAUCUCUCUCUCUCUCUCUCUCUCUCUCUCUCUCUCUCUCUCUCUCUCUCUCUCUCUCUCUCUCUCUCUCUCUCUCUCACUCACUCACUCUCAGCAAUUGCCGACCGCCUUCUUCCGAGUGUCGCUUCCCGCUAUGGACGCGCUCAAAUCGGCCGGCAGAGCGAUCAUCAAGAGCCCGGGAGUGCCCCGGCACACGUGGAGCACCGCCAGGCACGAAAAGCUUCCAGAGAACUGGACAGAUACCAAGGAAACCCUACUGGAAGGGAUGGUGUUCAAUGUGAAAUACCUUGGGAUGACGCUGGUGGAGCAACCAAAAGGUGAAGAGAUGGCAUCAGCUGCAAUCAGGAGGAUAGUGUCAACGGCAAAAGCCAGUGCCAAAAGGUUUCGGAAAGUGACCUUAACAGUGUCUCCAAAGGGGAUAAUCCAGACUGACACAGAAACGAACGAUCUCAUUGAAGAUGUCUCAAUAUACAGGAUUUCAUACUGCACUGCUGACAAGGCUCAAGAUAAAGUGUUUGCUUAUGUUGCUCAGAGCCAGUCUAAUGAGACCCUGGAGUGCCAUGCCUUUCUCUGCCCCAAAAAAAAGAUUGCCCAGGCGGUGACGCUGACAGUAGCCCAGGCGUUCAAGGUGGCCCUUGACCUUUGGGAGAUGGCACAGCACAACAAAAGCAAGAAAGCCCAUACUUGCUGUACCUGCAUGGAAGCAAAACCCAGCAUUUCAACAAACAUGUGCACCUCAGAAGGGGACACAGAGUUGAACAUUGAAGAAAAGCCGAGUGCCAUGCUGUUCUCAUCCUCUGAGAGGAAAGCCUCAUCGCGGCACAACAGCCCCUUCCAUAAGCUGCUUGUCAGACACGACUCAUCGGAUGCAGAUGAUGCGUUGGAUGAAGCCUUUUCCAGCAAUAUGGACGUUUCAGACAUGGCUACGGAUUUGCAAAGUCCCGAACUAAAGCACGGUCCUCAAACACAGAAGUGAAGGCCAGCUCACUGGGGCAGAGGCCUCUCCUGGGGGCUUCACCCCUAGCCACCAGAAAGUGUGAUCUACCAAGACCUGAAGAGAAGGGAAACGAUCCCAUAAUUUCCUCAUGUACUGUAAAAUGAAUACCAGACUGAUGUGUGUGUGUCCAUCUAGAGUGACCAGUGGCACCUGCAGCCCCCUAAAAUGUCCGACAAAGAGCACUACAUGAAGGUCUUUAUCUUCUGGUAGCUUCACGUUCCCAAAUGUUAAUUUCAAGGACAGCAAUAAUGAUGGCCACUUUUUAUUAAUUCUGAGAAACUGAUCUUCAGAUCCUUUAGAUGAACAACAAUGAUGUAAGAACUUCCAGCCCACAUUAGAGGGGGAAACACUGGUCACAAUCCAGUGCUAUGGAUAUUUUGAAUUUACCGUAACAUAUGAAACACAUCCACAAUGUACUUAGUGUUUACUGAAGUUCAGCAGUGCCCAACUUGGCAAUUUGCAUGGUUGACAGCGAACUGAUGACUCCUGACUCAUCCAUCACUCCAUGUUCUAAGCAAAGUAAAUUUCUAAUUCAAUGUUAUUUAUCACUCAGUCUUUCACUGGAUACUCUGAAACUGCCACCUUUGCUAUUCCUAAUCAUUAUUUGUUCACUCUCUACACCUGUGGCCGACUCUCCAGACCUUCAUUCAGUCCUUUCAAGUGUAAAAGAAUGAGUCUGAACACACUAGAAAGAUUUGGGGGCAGCCACCUGUAUAUUGUCCCUGGCUGCAAAAGGUUUUGAAAUAAGAACUGAUGUGCAUGGGUUGAGUUCCAGACUGAACUGAAUUAGUAGUGGAAAUGAUGGCAGCUUUAAAGGGUGAUACUGGAAGUGAUGUCAUCUGAGGCCAGAACAG